UUUAAUGCAUCAAUGGACUGCCAACUAAUGAACAGAAUAUUUUUGCAGUCUGCGUGUUAGAUCCAAACUAAUAAAUAAAAUAGCUCUUUAACAUUAGUAUUGCGUAAUUCCAAAUGCGCUUCUUACUGGUUAUUACUAAUAAUACAUCAAAUUGUAAUCACUAUAAUAAUAAUUAAUAGCCAAUAGUAAAAAGACGGAAGUUAUUAUAGGUUAUAUUAUUUACAACGGCCAGUGUAAUUAGUAUUUGAGGAGAGGCUAUUAUUUAUUGUAAAAGUUCAAAUUACAUAUUGAAAACUGUCAAAUUACGAAGGAAAAGCACAGAGUAAGGCCAGUAUGCCAGAACCAGUGCAUCAUCAGAUCAACACUGCAAGGAAAACUUUUCAAGCUCUCUAUCAAAUAUCAAAAUUACUUAAUACAGAUUUGGAUCCUGCAACAUUAAGUUACUGCGUGAGAUUAUGUGAAAACGGAGUGAAUCCACAAGCACUUGCAACAGUUGUAAAAGAAUUACAACGAGAAGUGAAGGCACUAAAUAGUACUUCAAAUUAUACGAGUAAAAAGUAAUCUUAGGCAAUGAUAGCAUAACUGAAAUGUAUUGUCAAGUUUAAUUGAAUGAUUACAAAUUUUUAUCAUAAUUUUUUAUUUAAAUUAUA